UCUCUCAGACAAUCUAUCUAGAAGGUCCAUGUUUUUUCCUGCCAUCAUUCUCGUAGCGAAGUCGUAAUGUUUCAACUGAUGUUGAUGCCUUGAUGGGCGUACUUCUGCAGCUCGAUCCAUCUAGAUGCCUUGAAGGUACAUAACGUGGCUCAUAGAAUGUUUCUCCACCCAAAUACGCCGAAGACUUGACGAGAGCGAUGGUUCUUGGCAGCGGGCUGCUUGCAAAUGCAACCUCGGUGUCAUGGAUCCAGCUGCUGGCCGUGUACGGUCUCCCGUGCCUGGUCCUCCUGUGGCAGCUGGGGCGGCUGCUGGACAGUCUAUGGCUUCAGCCGCGCCGUCUGGAGCGCGAGCUGCGGUCGCAGGGGCUCCGCGGCACGUCCUACCGCUUCUUCACGGGCGACCUGAGAGAACAAGGCCGGAUGAACAAGGAGGCCUGGUCGAGGCCCCUGCCGCUGCGGUGCCACGACAUCGCGCCACGCGUCGCCCCUUUCCUCUGCGGCUCCGUCCGGGAGCACGGCAGGGUGAGCCUCUCCUGGUUCGGCCCGACGCCCAAGGUGACCAUCGCCGACCCGGAUCUCGCGAGGCGCGUGCUGUCCGACAGGUCCGGGCACUUGGAGAAGCCCAAGUUCCCGGCCCUGUGGAAGCUGCUCGCCAAUGGCCUGUCCAACCACGAGGGCGACAAGUGGGCCAGGCACCGAAGGCUCCUCAACCCUGCCUUCCACCUCGAGAAGAUCAAGUGCAUGAUUCCAGAGUUUUCUGCGUGCUGUGAAGAGCUGGUCAGCAGAUGGUCGGAGUCCAUCGGCUCCGAUGGUUGGUGCGAACUGGAUGUUUGGCCAGAGCUCCAGAAACUGACGGGAGAUGCCAUUUCUCGCACGGCAUUCGGCAGCAGCUACCUAGAAGGAAGGAAGAUAUUCCAGCUGCAAACAGAGCAAGCCGAGCGCCUCGUGACAAACAUUCGGAAGAUUCUCAUCCCCGGUUACCUAUCCUUGCCAACCAAAAACAACAGAAGGAUGUACCAAAUCAACAACGAGAUCGAAUCCAUCCUACGAGGUCUCAUUGGCAAAAGAAUUCAAGCAAUGGAAGGAGGCGAAAGCACCAAAGAUGACUUGCUUGGCUUGUUGCUAGAGUCAAACAUGAGGCACACAAAUGAGAAUGGUAAAUCCAGCACGGGAAUGACAAUCGAAGACGUCAUCGAGGAGUGCAAGCUGUUCUACUUCGGAGGAAUGGAGACCACGUCGGUACUGCUCACAUGGAUCAUGGUUGUUCUAAGCAUGCAUCCGGAGUGGCAGGACCGUGCAAGGGAGGAAGUAUUGGGCCUGUUCGGACAAGACAAACCUGGAUACGAAGGCCUAAACAGACUCAAAACGGUGACCAUAAUCAUCUACGAGGUUCUUCGGUUGUACCCGCCAAGCAUCCAUUUGAGCCGGAAGACAUGCAGGGAGGUGGAAAUCGGAGGCGUAAAGUACCCCGCCGGCGUGAUGAUCGAGCUCUCCGUGCUCUCCAUGCACCGGGACAUAAACAUUUGGGGCGAUGACGCACACCAAUUUAAGCCGGAGAGAUUCGCGCAGGGGAUCUCCAAGGCAUCCAAGAAUCCAGGCGCGUUUCUCCCUUUCGGUUGGGGCCCGAGGAUCUGCAUCGGCCAGAACUUCGCGCUUCUGGAGGCAAAGAUGGCGCUUUGCAUGAUCCUUCAGCGCUUUCAGUUUGCACUUGCGUCGUCCUAUACUCACGCGCCACAUACUGUCGUGACGCUGCAUCCGAUGCAUGGUGCACAGAUUAAGCUUGGGCUCAUAUGAUUGCUUUUGUGUUUUCAUGGUCGUGUGUGGUUCAAUGAUUCUUAGUUAAUUUAAGUUUGUAGAAAGAUACAAUUAUGAACCCUGAUUCUCUGUGUGUUGUAUUGCACUGACCCUUUUUAUAUAGAGUACAACAUGAGGGGAAAAGGCCUGAUGUACAAGAAAAGUUGUCUUUUUUUUAGGGAAAAACAGUAGAUCCCGCAAUUUUAUUA